GCUGGGAUGUGCCGCUUGUGGAUGGUAUCACUGAGAGCAAGGACCAGCUCCUCUCGAAGCUCAGCCUUCCUCUUGGAACGGGAGAACAUUGUCCAUAGGGGGUCGACAAAGGGGCAGAGUUGUUGCAGAGUGAAUACCAGCUUCUUCUAGGCAGCGACACGGGCAGUCAUGAGCGGAAUGAAAGAUGAACAGUGUUGUGUCCGGGUAUGUCUGCUGCAAAUAUCCAUGGGGGCUAGUGUUGUUCUGAUGGCAGGCUCGGUGGUGGAUGGGCCAAAAGGAAGGAAGCAAGAGGGAAGACGUGAGAUGGAGGGAAGAUGGGGGAUGGUGACAACUGAGGCUGACUCUUGGGGAUAUCUCCAUCCAUGUGACCUGCUGCUGCCAAUGAAUACCCCACACUCUGGCGCCUCAGCCACAGCCUCAUUUCCCCAUGAUUCAUUAAUGGAUAGACGGCCAAGUCCUGCACCUUCCGAGUGUUUCCGUGAAUUCAAGUCCAAGUCUCAGCGGCACUGUAAACCCCAUGGUUACCUCAAGUGUCAGUUUUCUAGUCUGUGAGGUCAUCUGAGUUCCCCGCAAAUAUAUAUAAACACAAAAGAUGCAGGUCCCUCAGUCUGAAUCACACAUAAACAGGCAUACUAAAUAAAUCUCUUCGCAAAUAAUACGAUCCUUUGAUCCUCAGUCGUAUUCAUAUCUGCAAUUUUGAUAAAAACCGAAAUUUCCAUUUGUACGACUCGAUUAUAGCAAAUCAUCAUCGUCUGUCGGCGAUAA